AAAUCAAAACACGCGCGCCCACCCCAGGUCAUCGACCAACACCCUAUUUUUCUUUUGCCGCCUCUACACCACACCACCUUCCGCUGUUGCUGCUGUUCUUUCUUUCCUGACGUGUUGCUUGUGUUAUGCCAGAACUAUCCGAACAAGAAAAACUUGAGCGUCGACGAGAAAAGCGCAAACAAAAGAUUCUUGCGUCUGCAGAAAACAGACUGAAUCGCAUUACGGGCACUGCAUUCCCCAAUCGACCUUCACCUACACCAUCACCUUCUACAUCAACGUCUUCACUUGCGCGAUCGGAAACACCACAACGAGAACGACCAAGGUCACGUUCGCCUUCGCCCGCAAUAUUUGCAAGCACGUCAACGGAUACAUUGCGAUCCAGAAAGGCUUCGACGACAACAACGUCUUCAGUACCACCAUUACCACCAGCAGCAGCAGCAGCAUCGCAGCAAACAUCGCAACCGAGACCUGCGGAUGCCGAUCCAUGUGAAUCGCUUGGUGCACCACAACCCAUUCCUUCACUUAGCUUUUCAACAAGUGACGGAACCACACCUUCGUUAGAAGCCAUGUUUGCUGCAGGCGAGGCAGGAGUGCCACCACCGAAUCUGAACGACUUGCUUGGCGGACAAUUUCCUUUCAAUCCAGCAUUACUUGCCACGUUGCAACAACAACAGCAGCAACAACAACAGCAACAGAUGGAUGGACCGACAGAUACUUCUGCCAAAUAUUGGAAUUUGCUUCAUUUCAUCAGUAUGAUUUGGUUGGGAGCGUACGCGGUGUAUACAGAAUGGUCUACCGUGGGCGCAGAGCGGUUUGCUGGUCUACUGUCUGCAUCAAGCCCUGAAGGAUACUCUGGAAUUCAUUUCCCAUUGUUUUGGUAUUUCGUAACAUUGGAGCUGAUGUUACAAUCGGCGCGUAUGUUAUACCAACAAGGCAACACGAGUAGCAGUUCAUUACUACUGUCGACACUCAUCCAAUAUUUACCACCCCAAAUGGCCAACGCAGCAAAUGUGCUACUUCGUUACUGGAUCAUUGUAUCAGCGUUGAUCAAGGAUUGCUUUGUCUUGGUCUUUAUCAUCGGAUUCGCUCAGAUACUUUCGACAACGGUUGCUGGAUCAUAACAAACUAAAGAUGAUUCCCGGAUUGCUUUUUCUGUUUUUUUUUUUUUUGGCAUAACACACACAAAGAAGAUAUAUAUAAAUUUUCUAUACAGGUUGAUUGGUCUUUUUUUUAUGUUAAUUCUCUUGGAAAUGGUCUGUACAAAAAGGAAAACGUGUGUUUGUCAUGAGAGUAGUAGUAGUAGUAGUCGUGGUGGUGGUGGUGGUGAUGG